UUAAUCACUUAAAAGUCUCUUAGGGAAUAAUCACCUCCUAGAAAACAACUAACAAUCAUAAAUUAAUACCCAAACUAAUUUCCAGCAAUAUAAUUAGAUUAAAGACACCUUAAAACUUCCUUUAAAACAUGUUUUUAUGCUUAAUUAAUGAUUAAAAAUACACUAGGUACAAAGCCCCAAUGUAAUUGCUCAUAAGAACCCUAAAAUUCCAAUUUUAAUAAAUUAAAACCCUAGAUUUUAAAACUCAUAAAAUCUGAAAUUUUAAAAUAUAAUUAUAAUAUGAAAUUAUAAGUUUAAAACAUCAUAAACAUGAUUAUAUAAUCAAUUAAUCAUACUUAAAACAAUAAAAUAAAAAAGGAUCACAAACAAGGGUAUAAAAUAGGAAAUAGGAUAAAAUAAGAGGAGAGGGAGAUGGGAAGAGCCACGACAGGUGGCCGACAGUGGCUGGGCGAACUGUCGGUGGUCGGUGUCGGUUUUUGGUGGGCAGGGGUGACUGACAGAAGCAGGUGGCAGUGAGGGUGGAAACUCACGUAAGAAGAGGCAAAACAAAGAAAGGAAAAAAAAAGAGGAAAAAGAAAAUAAAAGGAGAAAUAAAAUAAAACUAACCUUUUUGUGUGGGAAAAUUUGGGAAUGAAUGGGGUAUAUAUAGGGUAAGUUUCCUAAAAAAAAAUAUGAAUUGUAGGGUAAGUAAAGUAAGAUUAGAUUGGAACUCAAGAAUAAAAUAACGGGCCACUUAAUUAAUAGAAAUAAAUUGGACUUUUAUUUUAAUAGUCAAUCGUAGAAUGUAGGUACAUAAAAUUAUUUGUACUAAUAAAUUUUCACCCAAAAUAAUAAUUUGAAACUUUUUAAAAAAAUAAAUUCCAGAAAAUACAAAUAAAUAAAAUAAAAUUUCAUUUAUAAAUUAUUUAAAAAUACGGGGAUUACAAAUUCGAUUCAGUUCAGUUUCGGGUUGAAAAAAUUAGGCCGGAUCGGUUUUCGGUUUUCAAAAACCGGGUAUUUAACUGUUCAUUUCUUUUUCGGAUCGGUUCGAAAUAGUCGGGUUUAAAGGUUUGCAUUAGAAAUUGACAGCUUUAGAAAUGGAGGUAGUAUUAAUUGUUACGAUUCCAUUUUUUUCAAUUUCAAUAAUACCUCCUAUUGUUACAUUGCGCAAAAUUUUUUAUUUACCUUGUUACGGUUAAGUAUUGGCACAUAGCUGUUAUUUACAUGACAAGUACAUAGCAACUAUAAGAUAAAAGAGUGGUGAAUUUUUUUUUUUUCUUUAGUGGUAAUGACUAUAAAUAGUACUACUAAAACAAUAUAUACUUUAGUAGUAUAAAAUAUAAAAUACAUGUAUAAUUGUACAUUAAAAAUACCCCUUUUAGUAUAAUUGUACAUUAAAAAUACCACUGUAUCAAUAAAAAAAAUCAGAAAAAUUAAAUGAAUUUACCAAUUAGCGCUCCUAUAUGCAUCCCAAAUAAAUAACAGCUAUGCACCUAGUUGUUUUAGUAGUAUGUUUAUAGCCAUUGUAUGGUAGAAGAAAAAAAAAAUUGCCCACUCUUUUGUCUUAUUAUAGCUGCUAUGCGCCAAUAUUAACCCUUACCAUUUCCUAUAUGAUAUAGGGUUUAUAUUUGGCGGGAAAAGCCAUUGAAUUCGGAAGAACUGAGGAAGAUGGCGAAUCGGCUUAUCAGUGAAAUGGGUCUUCCCAACUCAAUUGCCAACAUCUUUGCAGCCCGCAAUAUCAAAACUGCCAAGGAUGCACUUUCGCUAACAGAAUUUGAGUUGAUGGAGUUACUUGAUGUGGGGUUGACAGAGGUGACAUCCGCACUUGCAUACAUCAGUGAAGUGGUCUGCCCACCCUUUGAAACUGCAUUAUCGCUUUUGGAGCAACGAGUUCAAAAUGAACACUUGGCUGGCCAUCUUCCUACAAAACUAGAGGGUUUAGACAAGGCCUUGUGCGGUGGGAUUCCAUUUGGCGUUGUGACUGAGCUGGUUGGUCCAGCAGGGAUCGGAAAAACACAAUUUUGCCUGAAGCUGGCAUUACUGGCUUCACUUCCAGUGAGUUGUGGUGGCUUAGAUGGUCAUGUUAUUUACAUUGAUGUGGAGUCCAAAUUCAGCUCACGAAGGAUGAUAGAGAUUGGGUCAAAAAGUUUUCCAGAAGUAUUUUAUCGUGAAGGGAUGGCGAAAGAGAUGGCAGGUAGAAUUCUGGUGUUGCAGCCUACAUCGCUUCUUGAGUUUACUGAUAGCUUGCAGCAAAUAAAGGUUUUAUUGCUCCAGAAUAAAGCGAAGUUGCUUAUCAUUGACAGUAUGGCCGCUCUUCUUUCUGGGGAAUAUGAGCAGACAAAUCCUAGACAGCAUGCACUUGCAUGGCAUAUUUCAUUCAUCAAAUCACUAGCAGAGCUCUCACGGAUACCUAUUGUUGUGACAAACCAAGUUAGAUCACAAUCACAUGAUGACUCUUUGUUUUCUUUCCAACAUACUGAUGGUACCAAUUUGCAGAUGCAGACUAGAUCAGACAAUCUUACAAGAUUUGACACUCAUCUGAUUGCUGCUUUAGGGAUUCACUGGGCACAUGCUGUAAGCAUAAGGCUUAUCCUUGACUCGAGAUCUGGUCAAAGAUACAUGAAGAUUGCAAAAUCUCCAAUGUCUCCACCUCUGCAAUUUUGUUUUGAGAUAACUGCUUCCGGAAUUUCCUUCUUAAGUGAUGAUGGUGUCGAAGUCUCAGGGCCACAAAUUAAUGCAAUACACUCUCAUGGUCACAGCGACAUUAUCUAUUGCGGUGAUACGUGCUAGUUGAAUUCUUUUGCUCAGAACAAUGCCCAUUGAUCAGUAAAUGAGUAAUUUGAAGCACUUAUCUAACUACAAAUCUGAUCCCUCCAGCCUUUCUUAAUUAAUCCACUUUGUAAUCAUGCAUAAGAUGUACAGAAUAUUUUUAAUUAUAAUUUGCUGUUGUGAUUUUGGAUGUCUCAGACAAUAUACGGAGUAGUCGAUUAAUUUGGGUACUAUUAGUUGGUUCAGUACAUGUUCGUAUAUUCCUACCCAGAAACUACUUUUCAUUUAAUGGUUGAAAGACCAAAGAAAAAGAGACUUUUAUAGUA